CCCCAAUGCCACUAUCUCCUCGACGGCCUGCGAGUGUGCAUGGGCACAUUCCCAUUCCAGACGCGACCAUCGUCCACCUGGAUUCUUGGACGGAACGGACCACGACGACGGUACCCGCUACCAUCGCCGGACUACGCUGUACACGGUAACCGCGGCGGUGCCGUCGCCGAGUUCUGCCCUCGUUCCGGUAACGACAGACACCGCGUCCUCUCGCUCCGAAUCAUGAAGCCACAAAUGAAAGAACGAUAUCGAAAACAAAAGUUUUUGAAAAAUUUAGGUCUACAACCUAAUAAGAAUACAAAGCCUGCAGAUGAUGAAAACGAUUUCAAUAUAUGCGAAAGAGUAUGUUUUUAUUACUUUGAUGAUGAUGCACAAGUGGUAUGUCGAGGUUGUUAUAAAAGUUUUAAAACAUGGUUAAACUAUCGAAUGCAUUUUAAUACAUUAUUAUGUCAUACAACUGAAACAAAUUAUAAGCUAAACACUUAUAAUGAUGUUUAUAAAAAAUACAAAUUAAAGAAAGCUAAGACAAAGAAAAAAAUUAAUGAACGUUUAAGUGCUGCACAACUUAUGGAUUUGGAAACUUUGAACACUCGUAAAACAAGAAAAAGAUGUUACAAAAACACUAGGGUAGUUGUUACUGUUUCAAAAUCUUCAUCAGACUCUGGUUCAUUAAGUUCAGAAAAAACAAAUGUAAAGACAAUAAAGAAAGAAGCUGCUGAAAAUCUUAUUAGUAGUGAUGAAAGUGUAGAGGAGUCAAAAACAAAAUCUAAACCAAAACCAAUUGGUUGCAAUACUGUGCAAGUUCAAGACAUUCCAAGUAGUACAAAAACUGUUAUUCCUAAUUCACCUCAUGACAAUCAGGCGACAUUAACCAUAAAAACUGAAUGGAAAACUAAUGACUUAUCUCAGAUUUCUUCAGACGAUCAUUCAUCAAGCUCUACUCAUAGUUUACCAAAAUAUACUCCCAAAAACAACGAGCCAUUAAAAUAUCAGUAUGUUUGUGUUAUUUGUGAUGCACAAUUUUUGAGUAAAUGUUCACUUACUAUGCACCAAGUACAGCAUAUCAAAUCUGACCGCAGUAGUUACAACGUUUUUAUGGCUGCAUUAACUCAAUCUGCUAAAGUUUAGCCCAUCAAAUGUCAUUUGAGUUAUGACAUAAAGGUAACUCUAAUCCCUAUAAUGAAGUAUCAAGUCCUAUUUAUUUAUUUAUUUAUAUAACAAUGGUUUAACAUAAACUGUUUGAUACUUAUGGUUGUACAUUUUUAAGAAAAUAACAGUUUUUUGUUUGUAUCAUUUAAGUUUUUAUCAUACGUGCAUUACCAUUAAAUAUCACAACAUGUGACCAUUGCCGUCUUUCAAACGUAUUAUAUUUACUUUUAUUUGAUUCCUAUAUUGUUUUUUUUAUUUUAGAUUAAAAUAAUUGUAACCUUUUCCACAUAAUUAAAUUGAAUUUUAGAACACUAAAAGAUAUUGUUUGGUUAAGCUAAAAGAGUAAUAUAGAAACUAGUUGCAUUAUUGAGAAUUUUCAUGAAUCAUAUCAAAUAGUAUUGAAUGCAAGUGUAUUUUUAUUUAUUUAUUAUUUUUUUUUGAUUGUUUAUCCGACAAUAUCUUAAGCUGCUUUUUUAUGAGAGUUAAGUUGGUGAUACUUUAAUAUAGGGCACUUUAAAUUCUAAGGUUUGCUUUUUUUUUGUAUAAAAAAUUACUAUUAUUAACGUUUAAGAUAAUGUUUUGUAUUUUCAGUGUAC